AUUAGUCUCCUUCCUUCAAAGCGUACCCUAAAUUCCCAAUUUCCUUAAUUCUCCUUUCUUCUCUCUUGCUUCCAAAAUCAUUCCUCUCUCUCACACCCUCUCUCUCUAUAUAUCUAUCUAUCUAUAGGUUGAACGUUGCUAGGAUUUGACGUUGACGGUGCACUUCUCAACCUCUUAUUCUCAGUGUGUAAAGGUAACUGUAGAGGCUAAACUGUGGACAUUGUUGACUUAAAAAUGGGGUCCAAUUCAUUGAAGGAUUAUUUGAAACGGUAUGAAAGUAACACAGAAGAAGAGAAGAAGAAAAAAAAGAAGAAGCAGAAGAAGAAAAAUCAACCACAAACCACUGGCUUAUUAGUCGUGGAUGAAGAUCCAAUGUGGCAGAAACCCAUAGAUCUUGGAGAAGAAAACAAUGAUAAUUCAUCUGACGAAGAGAAACCACUAGUUGAUGAAGACAUUGAUGUGAAGCGUAUGAAGAGGCUUGAGCAGCUGAGGGCGAGACGUCCUUAUCACGCUAUAUCUGAGGAUGGAAGUGGUUGGGUUUCGCUUUCCUCUAAACCUGAAGAUUUUAUCGACUCAAACAAUGAUAUGUCUCCUCCCCGUAAAAGAAAAAGUGCUGAUUUAUCACCUGGUCAGCGGUUGAGACGCAAUGACACCCCAUCACCAGAUUAUAGGACUUCAGAUUUGCAAGACAUCUCUCCCCCUCGGCGAGGUCGUCAUGAUUCUCCCCCUCACGAUUUUUCACGUGGAUCUGUGGCAUCGGACAUUUCACCCCCAAGGAAAAACCUGAACAAUUCUGCAAGAACUGGUUUGCCUGAUGUUUCUCGUGGUCGUUCACCUGAAGAUUUCUCUCCAUCACAACAAGACCGUCACGGUUAUGAGACUUCUGAUUUGCAAGAUAUCUCUCCACCUAGACGAAAUCGUCAUGAUUCUCCAUCUCAAGAUCUUUUGCGUGGAUCUGUGGCACCCGACCUUUCACCCCCGAGGAGAAUCCAAAAGAAUGUUGCAAGAUCUGGUUUUUCUGAUUCUCACCACCAUUCACCUCAAGAUCUAUCUCCACCUCGACGUGGUCGUCAUGAUUCUCCUUCUCAAGAUGCUUUACAUGGAUCUGUAGUGUCAGACCUUUCACCCCCAAGAAAAAUUCAGAAGAAUGUUGGAAGACUGGGUUCGUCCAGUAUUUCAGUUAAAGUUGGUUCACAUCCAUCUUCGGAUCCUGACCUAUCUCCACCAAGGAAAAAUACUAAGGAUUCAUCAAAUCCAGCUAGUAAAACAGGUCUAAUUUCUGGUAAAGAUAUAAGCGACGAGAUUGAAAAAAAGAAGAGGGAUGAUAUGUUGAGAUUUAACCAGAUGGACCCUUCCAUUAGUGGACGUGGUGCCGAGCCUGUAUAUCGUGAUAAAAUAAAAGGAGUACGCAUUUCAAAGGAGGAAUACUUGAAAUCAAAGCAGAAAGUAGAAGAAAAACCCAAGGAGAUAGAAAUAGAAUGGGGUAAGGGCUUAGCUCAAAAGCGUGAAGCUGAGGCUAGACUGAAGGAACUAGAACUUGAGAAGGAGAAGCCUUUUGCACGGACUAGAGAUGAUCCUGAACUAGACAAAAUGUUUAAGGAGAGAUUAAGGUGGGGUGAUCCCAUGGCACAUCUAGUAAAGAAAAAAUAUCCAGAGCCUGUUCUUCCAAACUUGGGGGAAAAUGAGAAGAUGAAGGAAUCAGGUUUUGUAGUCCCGCAGGAUAUUCCAAAUCAUAGCUGGUUAAAAAGAGGUUUAGACGCUGCCCCAAAUCGCUAUGGAAUAAGGCCCGGACGACACUGGGAUGGUGUUGAUCGCAGUAAUGGGUUCGAAAAGGAUAUGUUUAAGAGAACAAAUGAGAGGCAAGCCAGAGACAGAGAAGCUUAUCUUUGGUCCGUCUCUGAUAUGUAAAAUGUGGCAGUACAAUGACACAAAGGAGUAUUCUGGAGUCAUGUUUGUGUUAACUAUAUGAGUUUGAGGGAUGUGAUGCUGAUAUGUCCAGAGGAAAAUUUUUGGUUCCAUCACUCUAAGGUGCAGUCUUUACUGGAAAAGUUUAUCUGCCUUAGUUAUCCUCAGCAUCUUCUCACUAGUCUUAAUAUUCGGAUCCUAUACAAAGAAUGAGAAUAUGUUAUUAGCUUCCUCAGUUUCAUAUUCCAAUUGCUUUGAUUAGCUAUAACUUGGUUGUGAUAUUUUCGAGUUUUUGAGAGGUUAUCACAAGUUGUUCAAUGUAAUUUAGACCAUUUUUCACUACUUUAGUUUAAAGAUGACUGUCUUUUUUGAGUU